AUGCGUCUCCUCGUCGCUAACAAGAUCCUCCUCGGCGCAGCGGCCGUCGUCGUCCCAGGCAAGUCCUCCAUCUACUACGGCCUCACGCUCAAGGAAAAGAGCCUCGUCAACCAGAUCGAGCGUAUCCCAGACGGCAGCCAGCUCAAGACGGACCGCGCUAUGCGUGCGCGUAUUGUCCAGCUGUCACAAGAGAGGGCAGAGCUGCUUGCAGAAAGCGCUGAGGUCGACAGGAAGCUCGGCGACGUGCGGAAGCGUGCCGCCAAUGCCCAGCCCGCACCCAGCGCUUAG